CGUUUUCAUUCCUCCCUCCCCACAAGCCCCUCUCCCCCAAGUGUUCCCACCUUGUCCUAGCCCCUCCCCCAGACUACUACAAGGACCCGCCGCGCCCACGCCCCCGAUCUCUACCCAACCUGUGCCCCCCGCUGCCCGCAGGAAGACGCCCGGCCCCAGGCCGGGUUAGCCCCGUGGGAACGGGGUCAGGUCCGAGCCCCGGGGAGGCUCUCGGAGCGCAGCUUGGCGCAGCCUACACGCGCCGGAGGCCAUGGCGGGCACCCUGGACCUGGACAAGGGCUGCACGGUGGAGGAGCUGCUCCGUGGUUGCGUUGAAGCCUUCGAUGACUCCGGGAAGGUGCGGGACCCGCAGCUGGUGCGCAUGUUCCUCAUGAUGCACCCCUGGUACAUCCCUUCCUCUCAGCUGGCGGCAAAACUGCUGUACAUCUACCAACAAUCCCGGAAGGACAACUCCAGUUCACUUCAGGUGAAAACAUGCCAUCUGGUCAGGUACUGGAUCUCAGCAUUCCCAGCAGAGUUUGAUUUGAAUCCUGAGCUCGCUGAGCAGAUCAAGGAGCUGAAGGCUCUGCUAGACCAAGAAGGGAACCGCCGGCACAGCAGCCUCAUCGACAUCGAGAGCGUCCCCACCUACAAGUGGAAUCGGCAGGUGACCCAGAGGAACCCUGUGGAGCAGAAAAAGCGCAAGAUGUCCCUGUUGUUUGACCACCUGGACCCCAUGGAGCUGGCAGCACAUCUCACCUACUUGGAAUAUUGCUCCUUUUGCAAGAUCCUGUUCCAGGACUAUCACAGUUUCGUGACUCACGGCUGCACCGUGGACAACCCUGUCCUGGAGCGAUUCAUCUCCCUCUUCAACAGUGUCUCGCAGUGGGUGCAACUCAUGAUUCUCAGCAAGCCCACAGCCCCGCAGCGGGCCCUGGUCAUCACACACUUCGUCCACGUUGCAGAGAAACUCCUGGAGCUGCAGAAUUUCAACACGCUGAUGGCGGUGGUCGGGGGCCUGAGCCACAGCUCCAUCUCCCGCCUCAAGGAGACCCACAGCCACGUGAGCCCAGAGACCAUCAAGCUCUGGGAAGGUCUGACAGAACUAGUGACGGCCACUGGCAACUAUGGCAACUACCGGCGCCGGCUGGCAGCCUGCGUGGGCUUCCGCUUCCCCAUCUUGGGCGUGCACCUCAAGGACCUGGUGGCCCUGCAGCUGGCACUGCCUGACUGGCUGGACCCCACCCGGACCCGACUUAAUGGGGCCAAGAUGAAGCAGCUCUUCAGCAUCCUGGAGGAGCUGGCCAUGGUGACCAGCCUCCAGCCCCCGGUGCAAGCCAACCCCGACCUUCUGAGCCUGCUGACGGUGUCUCUGGAUCAGUAUCAGACAGAGGAUGAGCUCUACCAGCUGUCCCUGCAGCGGGAACCGCGCUCCAAGUCCUCGCCAACCAGCCCCACCAGCUGCACGCCGCCUCCCCGGCCCCCGGUGCUGGAGGAGUGGACCUCAGCGGCCAAACCCAAGCUGGAUCAGGCACUCAUGGUGGAGCACAUUGAGAAGAUGGUGGAGUCUGUGUUCCGGAACUUCGAUGUCGAUGGGGACGGCCACAUCUCACAGGAGGAGUUCCAGAUCAUCCGUGGGAACUUUCCUUACCUCAGCGCCUUUGGGGACCUCGACCAGAACCAGGAUGGCUGCAUCAGCAAGGAGGAGAUGGUCUCCUACUUUCUGCGCUCCAGCUCUGUGCUGGGUGGCCGCAUGGGCUUCGUACACAGCUUCCACGAGAGCAACUCCUUGCGCCCGGUUGCCUGCCGCCACUGCAAGGCCCUGAUCCUGGGCAUCUACAAGCAGGGCCUCAAAUGCCGAGCCUGUGGUGUUAGCUGCCACAAGCAGUGCAAGGAUCGUCUGUCAGUUGAAUGCCGGCGCCGGGCCCAGAGUGUGAGUCUGGAGGGGUCUGCACCCUCACCCUCACCCACACAUACCCACCAUCGCGCCUUCAGCUUCUCCCUGCCCCGCCCUGGCAGGCGAGGCUCCCGGCCUCCAGAGAUCCGAGAGGAGGAGGUUCAGACGGUGGAGGAUGGCGUGUUUGACAUACACUUGUAAUUGAUGCUGUGACUGGAUCAAGCACUCAUGCCUGCUUUGGAGAAAAGACUUGGACCAGAGCAGGGAGCCUGGGGUGCUGCGGCAGCAGGCCGGGGCCGGGGGGCGGGGUGUGAGGGUGGCAUGCGGCUGAGGGCAGGGCCAGGGCUGGUGUCCCUAAGGUUGUACAGAUUCUUGUGAAUAUUUGUGUUUUCCAGAUGGAAUAAAGGCCCAAGUAAUUAA